CAUCUACUCCCCACGAGCAAUAAUCAACAAGUGCUUUGCUUUCUCCUUGACUUUCCAGUUCUCGUAGAUUUCGGCGACUCUGAUCACCGGGCGUGCUUAUGUUUGGGGCUAGAUCCAUUAUUUACUAACUCAUGAUUAGUUCUCGCGCUUUUGCUGUAUGUGGGCGUCGAGAGGGUUGAACGCAAGUUUUGUGAUUCCGUGCCUUGAUGUCGUAGUGUUGAACGCUUUUACACACUCAUUGCGGUAGUGUUUUGUUUCCAUGUCUUGUUGUGGUAAACCUUACUGGUUACUUCUGUCAGUGCUAGUGCUUGCGUGAUUGCCAUCUCAAAAACGGCAAGCACCCCUACUUGUGCGAAAAGGCCUGCACAUAAGCACAUUGAUUAUAUCUAAGAAAGUACACUUCUGGAACUGGAAACCUCAGGAUGCAGUAGUUCCUGGAUUUUACAGCGUUUCUCAAAGUUUCUGUGUGCCGUUAGUAUAAGAGGCCGGGAGCUGAUUUUGAAAAUUAUUAGGAAAAAAAGGCAACCUGAGGUUAUCAACUCUUCGUAAUGACAUUCUGUUAGAUUGUGUUUACAUUCUGACAGAAUCAGGAAGAACUUAUUGCGACUUGAUGCGAACCAAUCUGGUCACCUUCUACCUAGACUUCAAACCAGUGGUCACCUUCUUCCUAGACUUCAAACCAGCUGUGGUCUUGUACCUGUUACUUUUUAAUGAUGGAUUAGAUAUCAUUUUCAUUUAAUAACCAUAUGGAUCAAAUUCAUAAAUCAUGAACUGUGAGUACCUCCUCAGUGUUUGACCUCGCAUUUAUCCCUUUUUCCUAAACCAGUGGAUCUGAAUUUUCCUGGCCCCUUUCCAUGAGUAGCACUACUACCACUCCCAUCACCCCGACGGUUGCGGUUGCAAUUGUCGUGACCCCAACUCCUACUUAUCAGGGUUGAAUAAGCGUGUUAUAGCGUGUCACCGUUCCAGCCACAGAACCAUAGAAAUGCUGGACACAUUAUAUAUCUGAGUACAAAGCUAUGAGCCUAGGAAAGUUUAUGCCGUAUAUUCAACUUUUAAAAAAACGAGAUUUGAAGACGUUGACUCAAAAUGUGUAAAAUGCAUGUCAGCUCAAAAAAAAAAUGCAAAAUACUUCUCGGCUCACAACAGAAAGGGUGCAAAAUUAUUGUCAACUCAUGAUCUGAUGCCUCCAUAGCUAUUGUUUGACACCCUUAAAUCUGUCGAAGUAUAUAAGUUUGAUGCCUGCCAAAGUGCUUGACAAAGUGAAUCUGAGUUCGCACGUCGUCAUCUGGGUUUCGACACUUGUGCUUGUUUCCACAAAGCUGCAACUUCUAUGGUGCACUGUCCCCAAAUGGAGGACAUUUUCAAUCCAACAAAUUUGCUACGCAUUUAUCUCCAUAUAAAUUGAUUGUCAAGCAUCAAAUGUACAUAACAGAGUAGCUUUGUACCCUUCCACAGCGAACUGUGAUUUAUACAUAUCAACCAUGAGCUAUGCAGGCAUUAGAUCAUCAGUUGACAAUAAGUUUGCACCUUUUUUCUUUUGCGAGUCGUGUAGUAUUUUGCAUCCCCCCUCCUCCCCCUCUGAACUGACGAACAUUUUGCAUGGGAGAUUACAAGGACAACCAAAAUCUCCAUUAUGACAGAUCUCGCUUCCUAAAAAUCAAGUGGUUGGCAUAUGCUACUUUCCGGGGCUUGUAGCAGUGGCGUCCCAGGGCCGGGCGACCCUGGGCACUUGCCUGGGCUCCUCUCAGCCCCAAAUGAGAGGAUGUCCACUGCAUGCAGUUGAGCUGGGCAAAAAAAAAAAACUUCACCAAUGCACAGAACAAGGGCAGCUCUGCCACCUGCAACAUAUGCCCUGGCUCUAGGGUCCCCUGUAGAGCAGGCACUUGCACAACACCAAUUCAAGUCACCUCAUCUCAGUUAGUCUCAAACGACAUAUUCCCACCAGCUGUUGUGAAGGCCAUGCUCUACCCUGGAGCUAUCAUGAGCAGCCUCACUAAAAGCAUUGCAUUUCCAAGGUGGAGUGACCUAUUUGACAUUUACAACCUGACAGAAGCCAAAAAUGCCUCUGCCGUAGUUGAUCUCCAGCGUCUAGAGAUACUUGCUGGGAGCUACUUCUGUGUUGCUGGAGCACUUGUCGGCAUCAUAAAUCCUGGGAGGAUGACUUUGUUUGGUACCCUUUUGGUUAUCUGGGGUCUAGUGAAAGAAGCACUGUUUGGGAAACCAAUGAACAGCGAUCCAACACAAUCAACUUAUGUCUACCCGACCAUUUUGAUCGCACUGAUCUGUGCAUUUAUGUCAAUAACAUACAAUGUAAAGAAGACGGCAAAAAGUAGUCCUCCUGUUUCUAUCGCGAAGCCACUGAAAAGUUCUGCCAAGUCAAAACUGAAGUAGACAUUGUUGCAAUUUUAAUCCCUGUAACUCAUUUCCCCUAGUUAUGUGCUAAAGACACGUCUGAGGGUAAUCUGAGGAUGUUUUUGGUGUAUCUCAAUUUCAAUACUGUAACAUUCACUUUUCUCCCUUGCAAGUGACGAUUCAUGUUGUCACUCAUCUGUAAUGUUGACCAAAAAACAUAUCUGUAAUGUUGAUAAAAAACAGCUAAAUCUUUUCCCCCUCAAAAGUUAUGCUGUAGG